GGCAGGGUUACUUAUUGUAACCUCCAAAACGCGUUCAGGUUGAUAUUAAAGUGGUUACUUUCAUUGCUACAGUAGUGCUGUGACUCAGUGUACUUACUAAAAUAGACCAUUUAUGAUUUCCAAAAUGUUGGAACCUCUGCUGUCUCAAUUAAACGAAAUGAGAGUAAUCUUAGCAAGCAGUUCCAAACAACGUCAGUCGUUGCUAGCUAGUACGAAACUCAAAUUUGAAAUUUGCACAUCGAAUUUCGAAGAAAAUUUGGAUCCAAGAGAACAUACGUUUUCUGAUUUUGUAGAAAAAACGGCUAUAGGCAAAUUAAAUGACGUCUACCAACAACUCAAGAAUGACCAAAGAAAACCUGACAUAAUUAUUGGGGUUGACACAAUGGUUACCUACAAUGGUAAGAUGUAUGGAAAACCAAAGUCAAAGGAAGAGGCUAUAAAAACUAUAACAGACUUGACUCAAUCUGGCAUACCAAAUUCAGUGUAUACAGGAGUAGCCAUAAUGUAUAAAGAUCAAAUCCACAAGUUCACAGAAGUAACUACGGUUUAUAUGGCAAAAUUGGAUAAAGAAGAAAUAUUGGCUUAUGUAGAAACUGGAGAACCCAUGGGCAAAGCAGGAGGCUAUGGAAUCCAAGGUAUUGCCAGUACUUUCGUAACUAGAAUUGAAGGCGAUGGAAACAAUGUGAUCGGAUUACCAUUAUGUCGAUUAGUUCAAGAACUUAAACGACUGCUAAAGAAUUCUUAAUCAAUUAUAAACAACUUUAGCAAAUUUUGUAAACUGAAUUCAAAUUACUAAUAAAAACAUG